CAGAAUCCCGUAGAAAAUGUAUCGUUGGCAAUGCUCACUACUGAAAGGGUUAAAGUGGCAGUAGCAGUGAACAGGCGCAUCUGGGUUACAAGUGUAACAACAUUCUGCUGGUGCCUGUCCCCUUUAAGAGGAGCAUGUUCCCUGUGUGUCAGUUUCAUUAUGGAGAUCAGACAGUGCAGGAUACACAGAAGAACAAGAGGCUGACUCUCAAUCCCUUGCACUGUAUAGGGGCGAGAUCCUUAUUAACAAGGAGGAGGCAGAGCCAAUCAGAAGCCCCCGUGCAGCACCCUUCUGAUCUUCUUUGGACUCUACAGCUGCCCCCCUGCUGCCUCUAUUUCUGCGCCAGACUCAGUACAAAGUCUUCUUUAUAUUCUCACCAUGGAAGCAGCGCACAGGAUCUAACUCCCCUUUUUCUUUUUUAACUUUCCUCCUGUGUUUUUCCUCUUGUUGGUUCCGCAUCAGAUCUCAGAAUGCUCCCCAGGUCCGUGACCUCUUUCACUCUCAAGCAGGACCCCCAAGAUUCCCCGCUGAAAAGUUCCAAGUCUCAGAGAAUUAGCAAGUACAAUGCUGGAGGUGCAGCGCUGAGAUGCCUCCCAGGAGAAACCAUUCAGGAAGAAGCUAUACGAGUGAAGAAGUGUGUUCACUAUAAUGAUGGACCCCACUAUAUUUUGGGAACCUUGUAUUGCACCAACUACAGAACUGCUUUCAGGAGAGAACACCCUGAUAAAGAUCCUCCUGCUGAGGUUCUAUUUGACAAUGACAAUGACAUGGCUCUGCCGAGUGUCGACAGGAUUGUGGCAGUAGCCGGCCAGACCAAAAUGAAGGUGGUAACAGCCCAGUCCAACCUGAAAUUUAUUCCUGAAGAGCUGCUGAUAUACUAUAAAGGAUUCCGGCUCAUGCGCUUUCUCUUCAGCAACGAUGGACUCCAGACACAGGCUUACAAAAUCAUAAAAGCCAUCCUCCAAUAUCAGCAGAAGAGCUGUCUGACAAUGAAGAAGAGGAACAGCACCGUCCUCCAGAACCCAGAUAACAAACAGGAUGGUUCAUCAAUGGACUUCACCACAAAGUUUUUUGAGUCUUACAGUGACUGGGAGAAUGAGAUAGACAGGCUUGGGGCCUCGGCCUGGAGAGUGAGCCCCGUCAAUGAAAGAUAUGACACCUCCACCAGUUUAUCCAAGUACAUUGUGGUUCCCUGCAAGCUCCUGGACAUUGACCUGAAGAAGACCUUUGCUCACUUCAACCAGAGGCGUGUUCCUAGGUGGUCCUGGCAUCACCGUGGGGGAAGUGACUUGCUGAGAUCGGCUGGAUUCGAAACCAAUACUGAUCCUGAUAAAGAAAACAUGAGGUCCAUACGGUCCUUGCUGUUUGCCAACCAUUCCCAGUGUCUGAUUGUGGACACGAAUGAAGAACUUCCUUCUGUCUCAGAUAUCCAACUCUCCUAUGGGAAACUGCGCAGCCUGUGCUUAAACGAUCCCUCAAUUACUGUGUCCGAUGAGAAGUGGCUCUCUAAUUUGGAAGGUACUCGAUGGCUGGACCAUGUCCGGCUUUGCUUAAAGAAGUCCAGUGAUGUCUCUGGUUUUCUCAGCGAGGGAAAACGAUCUGUGGUCCUUCAAGAGUCAGAGGACCGUGACCUGAACUGCCUGUUGGCCUCUUUGGUUCAGCUGAUGUCAGACCCUUUUGUUCGUACAAUAUCGGGGUUCCAGAGCUUGGUUCAGAAGGAGUGGCUAUCUGCAGGGCACCCCUUCCUGCAAAGGAUCAAUCCUUUCAAGGAGACGGACAAGGAUGAAUCGCCAGUAUUUCAGCUUUUUCUGGAUUGCGUCUGGCAGCUCAUUCAGCAGUUCCCAAACGCCUUUGAGUUUACGGAGUCCUACCUGCUAGCUCUACAUGAUAGCGCCUUCCAUCCCUUCUGCAGCAGCUUCAUGUACAACUGCCAGUGGGAGAGGAUCCGGGGGUGCCAGCAGAGACAAUUCUACAGCCAGACAUACACACCUGUCAAUGGAUGGAGAGAUGUUGUGCAGGACAGGAUUCUGUAUAAUGGAGAUUACAAGGGUGUGGAGGAAGGGAAACCGACUCCCGUAACUGUAUGGCGAUGGGAUCUAUUUUAUGAUCAUUUGCACCGGCAACAGUUUAGGAAUCCCUUUUACCAAAACAAGAAGCAGACGGUGCAGAACGGCAAUGGGAUUACGGACAAGACAAGCAUGCUGGAUGCUCCCAAUCAGUUGCAGAUGUACAGGCUUUGCAGGGGUUCCCUUGUGCUGCAGUCACCACUUCUGUCACUCAAGAAUGGAGCAGUGGCAAAGAAAGGUGCCCGCCGAUCCCAGUCUGUAGAGAACCUGCUGGAUGAAGAGCGUCAGUUCAGGGGUCACAUCAGCACCCAGCAUUAUACCAGUGACCUUCUUCAGCCUCUUUGGGUGGGGCCAUGGGUCCGCCUGUGGAAAAGAUGUUAUCUGCGCUGUGCAACUGAAAUGCAGUUGGACCUGCCGCCUCCAUCAGCUGCUGCUUUGGCCAAGGAACUGAAAUCUCUUCUGGAGAAGCUCAAGAACUUUCACAUUCCUAAUAGCCAAGAACCUAGUGCCAGCCUUACAAUCCAGACUGGUGGAAACGGCUUCUCACCUUCCUCGUACGGAUAAUGGGCCCAUCCCGGAAUCCUCUGAAUAACAGCAACAGACAAGGCAAGGUAUAAGGAGAGCUGACUUGGAAGUGCUAUGGGAGAAAGGAAUUUGAAUCCCUAUGUCAGCUCCUUGGGACACAGAAGUACCAGAAUGCAUUGCUGGCACAAGGCUUGUUCAACUGCUGUAAAGGGAAUGGGGUUAAAGUGCUGUAUAAACAGACGAUUAACCAUAUAUAGUGAAUAAAGUACCCCCUCUUGUAAAAUAUAAGGAUAUUAUAAGUUACCGAGGAGUUUCAUGACCAUA